GGUAGAAAACAUACAAUUGUUUACAGUUUUUUGGAAAUGAGCAUACGAGAAUAACCUUAGGCAAUGAACCACAUGCUGCUUCACCAGGGCUACAGAAAUGAUCUGAUCACUUCUAUUGCCGCCAGCAGUUGGACCACUUUUCCCAUGUGCAGCAGCUCGCAAUGCUGUCCAAGAAGGAGAAAGAACUACUUGAAGGCGCAUGGAGCCGACUGACUCCUGUGGCUGAAUACAUUGGAGCUGAUGCGCUUCUUAGAAUGUUUACAACCUUCCCUGGCAGCAAGACAUACUUUUCCCACCUUGACAUCAGUCCAGGAUCCAAUCAUCUCUUCACCCACGGGAAGAAGAUCGUUCUAGCCAUAGCCGACGGGGCCCAAAACAUCAGCCAGCUGACGGUAACUCUGGCCCCUCUGCAGACUUUGCAUGCCUACCUGCUGCGGAUAGACCCGUCGAACUUCAAGCAUUUCUCACAAUGUAUGCUCGUCUCAUUGGCCGUUCACAUGGGUGAAGACUUUACCGAGGUUUUACACGCCGCUAUGGACAAGUACCUGUCAGCUUUUGCAGCAGUACUCGCUGAGAAAUACAGAUGAGACUCCACCAACGUAGAGUAUGCAAACUAUUUAAUGUACAGUAUGUAUGUGCAGUUUUUCCAUGUUUUGUUAUAAUACAAUAUGUGAAAAUAACCUGAUGAAGAACAACAUGCAUUACAACAUGUCAUAAAUAUCCACAUUAAUUCAUUUGACAAACAGGUUUAGGUGCUUCAGUGCAGCUGAUUGGGUUAGCAAUGGAAUUCAAACAGGCUUGUUAGUGAACUCUUUAAUUUCCAUGUGUCAACGAUAGUUCUUAUAAACUGAGCUAAUUGUCCUCGCUACUUUUUCCUGGGAGGAAAAGAGCGGUGUCUAUUUGGGAGAAGCAUUUAUUUGUUCAAGUGAACAACCUUUGUACCUGAUGACUAAUUGAGACACGCCGUCUAUUAGAGUAGGAGCCACUAUGUGUCCACUAUGUGCCUCGAAGGUCAAUGGAAAAAAAUAGAAUGUGCCACGCUCACUCAGUGUUUGGAAGUAACAUACAAAUAGGCUACGUUGUUACUGUACAAGCAGAGUUUUUUCUUUAUCUCUACUUGAGUUUUUCUUUUCUGACAGUUUGUCAAAAUAGGCUUGUGUCCUUUUUAACCUCCACGGAUGAUGACAAUAUAAUGACAAUGACAAUAUAAAAAAGACGUAAAGAGAGAGUAUUAAAGUCAUCCGCGGUUCAGAUCUUGAUUGAUUCAUCGAGAUUUUGGGAUCUUAUAAAGUGGACAAAACCUGGAACAGAAGCAACAUGGAGGAACGAGAACUGGGAAUUAAAAAUGAUAAUGCAACAGAUUAAGAGAAGCAAGAUAUUUAAAAAAGGCCUUAUUUAAAAAAAAUGCUUGAACAUUCUGAUCUUAUUACACAGGUUAGAACAACGGGUGGGAAUCUCCGAUACUGCUCUAAAUUGGUUCUCGUUCUAUCUCAAGGACAAGACGUACUUUGUUGAAAUGGGUAACUGUGUUUCAGACCAAAUGGCUAUUACCUGUGGGGUUGCCCAGGGGUCAAUCUUGGGACCCCUAUUGUUCAAUCUGUGCAUGCUUCCAUUAGGCCAGCUAAUAUGUAGCUAUAACGUGCCCUACCACAAAUACCUGUAUGCAGAUGACACUUAGAUCUACGUGUCACUGAUGGCAAGUGAACACGGGCCCGUAGAUUCAUUCUGUCACUGUUUUGAGCAGUGUGGAUGCAACACAAUUUUCUCCAGCUAAACUCAGACAAAACUGAAAUCACUAUCUGUCCACAGAAACAAAGAGAAAGGGUUAUCAGUCAACUUGAGAGUUUAAAAUGUAACCUAGGGGUGAUAUGGGACUCAGACCUGAAUGUCAAACAUCCAUCCAUCCAUCCAUCCAUUUUCUGAGCCGCUUCUCCUCACUAGGGUCACGGGCGUGCUGGAGCCUAUCCCAGCUAUCAUCGGGGUGGAUGCGGGGUACACCCUGAACUGGUUGCCAGCCAAUCGCAGGAAUUUCAAACAACAUUGCCAAAAUCAAAGGAAUAGUGUGUGAACCUGAGUUAAAGAGACUAAUUAAUGUGUUUGUCUCCAGCAGGUUAGACUACUGUAACGGCCUGCUCACUGGGCUUUAACGACCUAUCAGACAGCUGCAAUACAUGCAGAAUGCUGCUGCUCGAGUCCCGACUAGAACCAGGAAAUGCGACCAUAUUAGCCCAUUGCUCAGUUCUUUGCACUGGCUUCCUGUUGCUCAGAGACUUCAAAACAGCUCUGCUUGUGUGCAAGUCUCCUUAUCUAAAGUACUAAAGUACAGUACAUCGCUGAUAUGUUAGAGCGAUAUGAACCUUCUCUGAGAACAUCAGGGAGUGACCUCCUUCUGGUUCCCAGAGUCAUGACUAAACACGGUGAGGCUGCGUUUCAGUUUUAUGCUGCUAAAAUCUGGAACAGUCUUCCAGAAGAUAUGAAACAGGCCUCAACUCUGACAAUGUUCAAAUCCAGGCUGAAAACAGUUUCAUUUAGCUGUGCAAAUGACAAAUGGAAAUAUUUUAUCUGCACAUCUCGCUUUUAAUUUAUUUAGUGAAUGAUUAUUUUUCUUGAAAUAAUUUUUUUAAUUUGCCUUCUUGAAAUUUUAUGUGGCUUUAAAGCACUUGGAAUUUUCUUGUGUAUGAAUCGUACCCUUCAAAUAAACUUGACUUGCCUUGCUUUA